ACAAUAAAAAAACACAAAUUAAUAGGAAAAUAUGUGUGUGAAUAACGGACUUGAAUAAAAGUCUACUUUGGAUCAACUCGUGCUCAGCUCAGCUUCCUUGGCUUCAACUAGUAUUUCCAUGGCGGAACGCGGAUCGGACGCUCAGGGUCGUCGAUUAGACUUUCGGCAAUUACUGGUUGAGGCCCAGCACCGAUGGCUGCGCCCUGCCGAAAUCUGUGAAAUUCUUAGCAAUUUUCACAAGUUCCAUAUUUCACCAGAGCCUCCGAACAAACCACGUAGCGGUUCGCUUUAUCUUUUUGACAGGAAGGUUCUGAGAUACUUUAGAAAGGAUGGACAUAACUGGAGGAAGAAACGAGACGGCAAGACUGUGAAGGAGGCCCAUGAGAAGCUAAAGGUUGGCAGUGUAGAUGUUCUACACUGCUACUAUGCCCAUGGAGAAGAUGAUGAAAAUUUUCAAAGGCGCUGCUAUUGGCUGCUCGAGCAGGAUUUGAUGCACAUAGUUUUUGUUCAUUACUUGCAAGUAAAGGGUAAUAGGGCAAAUGUAGGAGGCAUUAUAGAGAAUGAUGAGGUUACACCGGAUCUGAAAAGGGGCAGCCCCUGGACUUCUAGCCCUUCUAAUAGUAAUGGCAGAACACCUUCAGGAUAUACAGAUCAUGCAAGCCCAAGCAGCACUUCGACAUCAGCAUGUGAAGAUGUUGAUUCCGGAGAUAGUCGCCAAGCGAGUUCCUUAUUUCACUCAGUUUUUGAGUCACCAAAAAUGGGGAAUGGUCCUCUCAUGGACAACGCAGAGAUUGAUCCCUCACUGCAUCCAAGUUCAAACAAUCAUGAUGGCCAGUCAUCAAUUCAUGGAGUCUACAGGCCACAAUUUGAGAAUGAUCAACAUUGUUUCAGUGCUGACUCUACUGGUGUGAUUGAUUGUCAAAAAACACUUGGCGCGGUAUCCUGGGAAGAAAUUUUGGAACAAUGCACCACAGGAUUCCACACCGGAACUUCUCAUGCAUCAAUGUCUACCACCCAAAUUGGUUCUGGUGAAGUUCCUGUUGAACAACAAAUUUUAGGGAAUAGUUUUUUAAAGGAGGAGUUUGGGAGUUCUAUGCCAUUUCAAACAAAUUGGCAGCUUCCUUUGGGAGACAAUUCACUGCAGUUGCCUGAGUGUUCCCUGGACCAGUCAACGAAUUUGCAAAGAACUCUUGAUGCGAAUCUGAGAAAUACUCCUGACCUUGUUAGUGCUCAUCUCAAUCAGCGAAAUGAGCAGCUUGUGCAGGACGACCUUCAAGCACAGCUUACAAAUGCAGAAUCUGAAUGUUUAAUCAUAUCAAGUUCUGAGCAUGAUGUUCCUAAAGAUGGGAAUGUCAACUAUGCUUUCACUUUGAGACAGCAAUUAUUAGAUCGAGAAGACGGUUUGAAGAAAGUUGACAGCUUUUCUAGGUGGGUUUCCAAGGAACUCGAAGAGGUAGAUGAUCUGCAGAUGCAAUCUUCAUCUGGUAUUCCAUGGAGCACGGCUGAAUAUGGAGAUGUAGUUGAUGAUUCCUCGUUGAGCCCCUCCGUCUCCCAGGACCAGCUUUUCAGCAUAGUUGAUUUUUCACCAAAGUGGGCGUAUACAGACUCUGAAAUUGAGGUUCUGGUUUUCGGAACAUUCUUGGUAAGUCAAAAGGAGGUAACAAAAUACAGCUGGUCUUGUAUGUUCGGGGAGGUGGAGGUUCCAGCACAGGUUUUAGCCAGUGGAGUUCUUUUCUGUUUUGCUCCACCUCACAGUGCCGGGCAAGUCCCUUUCUAUGUAACCUGUUCCAACAGGUUAGCUUGUAGUGAAGUAAGGGAGUUCAAUUAUCAAGUGGGCUCCACUAAAGGUUUUGAUAUGACAGAUAUAGGCGAUGGUGCUGCACAUGAAAUGCAUCUUCACUUACGUCUUGAGAGUUUACUGUCUCUGAGACCUUUAAGCCCUUCAGGUCAACCAUUUGGAGGUGUUAAGGAGAAUCGAAACCUAAUUAGUAAAAUCAUAUCACUCCAGGAGGAAGAGGAUUAUUUAGCAGAGCCAACAGUAGUGAAUUAUUUGCUCCAAAAUGAAGGGAUGGAACAUCUUAUAAAGCUGAUGAAAGAGAAGUUGUACACAUGGCUCCUUUAUAAAGCAAUAGAAGAUGGUAAAGGACCAAGUGUAUUAGAUGCUGAGGGACAAGGUGUCCUACAUUUAGCAGCUGCCCUUGGCUACGAUUGGGCCAUAAAACCCACUGUAACUGCGGGAGUUAGCAUCAAUUUUCGUGAUGUUAAUGGAUGGACUGCCCUUCAUUGGGCUGCAUUCUGUGGCAGAGAGCAUACAGUUGCAGUCCUUGUAUCUCUUGGUGCAGAUCCGGGAGCACUGACUGAUCCGUCUCCAGAGGUUCCUUUGGGUAGAACACCGGCGGAUCUGGCAUCUGUUAGCAGUCACAAAGGAAUCUCAGGCUUCCUUGCUGAGUCUUCCCUGACCACUUACCUUAAAUCCCUUACAAUGAACGAUGCAAAGGAAGAUGGUGCUGCAGAAAUAUCUGGAACAAAAGUUGUCAAAACUUUUUCAGAGCGGAUAGCUACACCUGUGAGUUACGGUGAUAUGCCCGAUGCACUGUCACUGAAGGACUCACUUACUGCUAUAACUAAUGCUACCCAAGCUGCUGAUCGGAUACAGCAAAUGCUCAGGAUGCAGUCAUUUGAGAGGAGACGGUUAACUGAGUAUGACAGUGAUGAGUUCGGAAUGCCGGAUGAGCGAGCAAUUUCAUUCAUAACUUCCAAAUCACACAAGGGACCGAUCAACAGAAAUGCUCAUACUGCUGCAGUUCAGAUACAGAAAAAGUUUCGUGGUUGGAAAAAGAGAAAAGAAUUCUUGAUAAUUCGUCAGAGAAUUGUUAAAAUCCAGGCCCAUGUAAGGGGACACCAGGUAAGGAAACAAUACAAGGCAAUCACCUGGUCAGUUGGAAUUCUGGAGAAAGUUAUUUUGCGUUGGAGACGUAAGGGGACUGGUUUACGAGGAUUCCGACCAGAUGCAGUUGCCAAGAUUCCGGACCCCCAAACUGUGGCCUCAAGUGAGGAUGAUUAUGAUUUUCUCAAGAAAGGAAGAAAACAAACAGAGGAAAGAUUACAAAAAGCACUUACCAGGGUAAAGUCUAUGGUUCAAUAUCCAGAAGGAAGAGCUCAAUACCGUAGACUGCUAAAUGUUGUUGAAGGAUUCGGUGAAACAAAGGUAAAUGACAUGGCUGUCGAGGUAUCAGAAGAAAAGGCUGAGGGUGGUGAUGAAAAGGCCGAGGGUGGCGAUGAUCUAAUUGAUAUCGACAAGUUGUUGGAUGAUGACACUUUCAUGUCUAUAGCAUUUGAUUGAGCCGACUCUGAGUUGCUUGACCUGUACAUUAUACAUGACUGGCAUCCUUAUCCUGGUUUGGAGAUCCUGGUUCAUCUGUGCAUAUGUUUGAUGAAUUUAAGGAAUUGUAUACGAUAUCCCGCAUUCUGCAGGAGCGCGCCGGAGUGUAGUCGGGACAUCUGAAAUGUACUCCGGCUUACAGAAUUUUAAUGUGGUUGUAAUUUCAUGUAUGUUUUUUUACCCUAGUGGAGGUAAAUGUUUAGGUAAAUGUGUAGUUUGUAUACUGGUUCAAUUUGUUUAGGAAAACAUGUCUAGAUUGAUUUUCUAUGUUGCAUAAGACUUUGUAGUCACUAAUUUAUUUAUGACCCGAAAAUCUUUGCAUAA